AUGGAAGAAGUCUCUGCUGAACUCCAGCAACAGCUACAGGCACUGGGUAUUAGCCCAUCAGACGAUGUCUUUCGUACAGGUUCUGAACAAUACGACCACAAUGGACUAAGCUCUCCUAUUCCACAGGAAGUGCGCUUUAUGAAUGCGGAGCUCCGACGCUGCCCUGUGGAAGGUGUUGGCAUGGUGCUUGCUAUAUUUUCUGGGUCGGGAACAGUGUAUGAAUUCGUACGAACGCUACGGAAAUGCAUUUACGGAAAAGUGAAGCAUGCUGUUCGUCUUCAGUUGACGCCUAAUGGUACUUUUGUGCGCACGCAGCUUGAGGUGGCUAUCAAGGUUAUGAGCAAGGUUAUUAUAGAGGAGGGAAAUCUCCAAGAGAACCCGCUUGUCGAGCUUGCAGCACAGCAAUAUCUGUCAGUACCAGGCCACGAAAACGUGCUCACACUGCUUGAGUGCUUGCACGACGCGGAUUUCAUCUAUGCUGUGCUUCCGUUUUGUAAUGGUGGUGAAUUGUUCUCGGUGGUGGAAAGUGGUGGCGCCAUGAACGAAGCUGAGUGUCGCCAUUGGUUUACCCAAAUUUUGGCAGGCCUUUCUUACCUGCAAAGUCGCUACAUUUGCCACCGUGAUAUGUCCUUGGAAAAUGUGCUGCUAGACGGCGAUACCUCAAAGAUCAUCGACUUCGGUCUAACCAUCGGCAUUCCCGUCGAUUCACAUGGCAUGACAUAUUCACUCCCACCUGCUGGUGCAGUUGGCAAAAUCUUUUACAUGCCGCCCGAGAUUUACCGUAACCAGGUCCCUUUCAACGGGUUCUCGGCGGAUAUUUGGUCAACGGGCGUCAUGCUUUUUAUCAUGAUAACGGGCGCCCCACCAUUUGAGCGACCAGAUGAUGCAGACCCACGAUUCCAGAUGAUUGCACAGGGCCUCAUGGGCGACAUGUUAGACUCGUGGGGCCUCGACCGCAUUUCCGCGAGCGCUCGUGAUCUGAUGUCGAAAAUGCUUAUCGUGGACGACCCGUCGCGACGUCUAACGGUCCAGCAAAUCGCUAUGCACCCGUGGGUUCAGGGCACUGGGGACUUGUAG